UGAUUAUUGAAACGUUAACAGACCUCCUAUCGACAACGUGGUUGAACGUGGUCACACGCUUUUAAACCGGGAGCCACGUAAAGUAGUGAAUGGUCAGUAGAAGUUAGUAGUCAGCCUGAAUGCGGUGGUGAGCGGUAGUAAGAUACGAGGUACCGCUCGUAACUCUACGAUUCAAAACUAUCGCGUCCAACAAAAGUGAUUUUUUACAAAAAUGGUUGCAAUAAAAGGCCGAAAAAAUUCUAACAAGAAUCCACCGAUAUUCAGUCAUGAAUUUAUUAUUCAAAAUCACGCCGAUAUCGUUUCCUGCAUAGCUAUGAUUUUUGUAAUCGGUUUAAUGGUACAGGUUACAUCACCAUGGGCUUAUACAUUUAUUGCCAUACAUCAUAAUAUAUCUACAGCAACUACUGAUGAUCUGACAUUACCACAAAAAUAUACAAUUGGAUGGAAAGAUGCAUGUGCUGUAUUUUUUUAUUUCUUAAUAAUUAUUGUAAUGCAUGCUGUAUUCCAAGAAUAUAUAUUUGAUAAAAUAUCAAAACGACUUCACUUAAGCAAAGUAAAACUUGCAAAGUUCAAUGAAUCCAGUCAAUUGGUACUAUUUUAUUUGCUGUCCGUUAUUUGGGGCAUUGAUAUUAUAAUCAGAGAUAAUUUAUUAUUAAAUAUAACUUCCUUGUGGUUGGAUUAUCCAAUACUCUUAUCUUUCUCUUUAAAGUUAUUUUUUAUUGGACAACUUUCUUACUGGUUACAUUGUUACCCAGAAUUAUAUUUUCAAAGAAUAAAAAAAGAAGAUAUUGCACAACGUGUUAUAUAUACUACUGUAGGGUUGUUCUUCACUUUUACAGCCUAUUUCUUGAAUUUCCAACAAGUAGGCAUAAUAUUAUUUGUUCUUCAUUAUACUGGAGAUGUUUUACUACAUGGUGCAAGAAUUAAUCACUUUGUUAAUCAGAAAGAAAAUGUAACAAGAAUAUGGUUCCUGAUCGCCAAUUCAAUAUAUGUAUUUGUUCAUAUUGCAUCUUUAGUGCUUACAUUUAUAGUAUUUUUUUAUGGAUUCAAUCAAAUUGAAAGUUCAUUUGAUUACUCCACUGGAAACUUCAAUAUUCCGAUUGUACAAUACACUGUUUUAAGUGUGAUUAUAUUUUUCCAAAUUUAUCUUUUACAUAAAUUUGUUAUGAGACAAAUUAAACGUGCUCGAGAGAAUACAACUCCUGUUAUUACGAAAAUAAAACCAAAACAAAAAUUGAAAAAAAAGGAAGGUAAAAAAACAACCUUGUCUGAAGAUGAUGAAUUACCUGAAGUAGAUCAGGCAACUAAAAAGAAUUUAAGAUCUCGUUCUUCUACGAAAGCAAAAUAACUUCGUAUACACACACACACACACACACACACACACAUAUUUAAUAAAACUGUAUAAGGCUGAUUAAAUAUCAGAUACCAUUCACUUCUGUAUAAUCAGUAUCAAAAAGUGAAUAUUCCGAAAUAUAUGGGUUCUUCCUUAACCAUAGGAUUCAUAAAAGAAAUUAAAUUUUAAUGUAAUUCAAGGAAAUCAUGAAAACAUCUUCACAAC